CCGACGCCGCGCCGCCUUACGCGGAGCCCGACUGUCUCGACUCGCGACUCAGCACUGUCUUCUUUCCCAGGACUGGUUCCGAGGGGCCCGCAGGCGCCCAGACUCGCCCCCCGCCGGAGUGUCCCGGCCCGGCCCGGGAGCGGCCCCUUGUAGAGGUUCGAGGAGCCUGCCGAGUGCCAUCCCGGCGCCCGACCGCCCACCGCCCGGCCCGCCGGCCCGCUUCUUCCUGAUGCAGACUGCCGUCCACUAGAGGUUGGACAGACCCCCGAGGUGAUUCAUGGCAGGGGACGUGGAAGGAUUCUGUUCCUCCAUCCAUGACACCAGUGUCUCUGCCGGGUUCAGAGCACUGUAUGAGGAGGGAUUGCUUCUUGAUGUCACUCUGGUUAUUGAAGAUCAUCAGUUCCAGGCCCAUAAAGCACUCUUGGCCACCCAGAGUGAUUACUUCAGAAUUAUGUUUACUGCAGACAUGAGGGAGCGAGAUCAGGACAAAAUUCAUUUAAAAGGUCUAACUGCUACUGGUUUCAGCCACGUCCUUCAAUUUAUGUAUUAUGGAACUAUAGAACUGAGUAUGAAUACUGUUCAUGAGAUCCUUCAGGCUGCCAUGUAUGUUCAACUUAUAGAGGUGGUGAAGUUCUGCUGCUCUUUUCUGUUAGCAAAAAUCUGCUUAGAGAAUUGUGCAGAAAUUAUGAGACUCUUAGAUGAUUUUGGUGUAAACAUCGAGGGAGUCAGGGAGAAGUUGGACGCCUUUCUGCUAGACAACUUUGUGCCACUCAUGUCCAGACCUGACUUCCUGUCUUAUCUGAGCUUUGAGAAGCUCAUGUCUUAUUUGGAUAAUGAUCAUCUGAGCAGGUUCCCAGAGAUAGAGCUGUACGAGGCUGUGCAGUCUUGGCUGCGGCAUGAUAGAAGACGCUGGAGACAUACCGAUACCAUCAUUCAGAACAUCAGGUUUUGUUUGAUGACCCCAUCCAGUGUUUUUGAGAAGGUUAAGACAUCCGAAUUUUAUAGAUACUCCCGACAGCUGCGCUAUGAAGUUGACCAAGCAUUGAAUUACUUUCAGAACGUUCACCAGCAGCCUUUGUUGGACAUGAAAUCCAGCCGCAUCCGCUCUGCCAAACCCCAAACUACAGUAUUCCGAGGAAUGAUUGGACAUAGCAUGGUUAACAGUAAAAUCCUCCUCUUAAAGAAACCAAGAGUCUGGUGGGAGCUGGAGGGCCCGCAGGUUCCUCUGCGCCCGGACUGCCUUGCUAUUGUUAAUAACUUCGUGUUCUUGUUGGGCGGGGAAGAACUAGGCCCAGAUGGCGAAUUCCAUGCUUCUUCCAAAGUGUUCAGGUAUGACCCGAGGCAGAACUCUUGGCUCCGGAUGGCAGACAUGUCAGUGCCACGUUCAGAGUUUGCAGUUGGUGUUAUUGGGAAGUUUAUUUACGCCGUAGCUGGCAGAACCAGAGAUGAGACUUUCUAUUCAACCGAGAGAUACGACAUCACCAAUGAUAAAUGGGAAUUCGUGGAUCCUUAUCCAGUUAACAAAUAUGGACAUGAAGGGACAGUGCUCAACAACAAGUUGUUUAUCACCGGUGGAAUCACCUCAUCUUCCACCUCCAAACAAGUGUGCGUGUUCGACCCCAGUAAAGAAGGGACCAUAGAACAGCGGACCAGAAGAACGCAAGUGGUUACCAACUGUUGGGAGAAUAAGAGCAAAAUGAAUUACGCAAGAUGCUUUCACAAGAUGAUUUCUUACAACGGCAAGCUUUAUGUCUUCGGUGGUGUCUGUGUGAUCUUGAGGGCCUCUUUUGAGUCUCAGGGAUGCCCUUCCACAGAAGUGUACAACCCCGAGACUGAUCAGUGGACCAUCUUGGCGUCCAUGCCCAUUGGCAGAAGUGGCCAUGGUGUGACUGUGCUGGACAAACAAAUAAUGGUUCUCGGAGGCCUUUGCUACAACGGUCAUUAUAGCGAUUCCAUCCUUACUUUUGAUCCAGAAGAAAACAAGUGGAAGGAAGAUGAGUACCCGCGGAUGCCCUGCAAGCUGGAUGGUUUACAAGUGUGCAACCUGCACUUCCCGGAAUAUAUACUGGACGAGGUCAGGCGUUGCAACUAAUGACAUCUUUCUCCCUUUAAAAAAAGCCAAACGAAAGAUUUGUUUGUGACAAAGUAGUUAAUUAAAAAAAGUAAAGAAAAACCUCACCAGUUUUACUAUCAAAGCCAUUGGUCUAAUAUCGUAAAAAAUUUUUCAUUCUGUGCUAGCAUCUGUUUUUUUUUUUUUUCCUUUUUAGUGGCCUCAAACUCAUGCAAUAAGUUCAUUCUAAGCGCUAGCUCUUGAAACUACUUCCAGAAGCAGUUUAAUAGAGUGAUCCACUUAUCUGGGAAGUUGAUUUUAUGCUUUAAACAUUUCUUUCAGAUGACAGCGUAGGAGUCCUGCAUCUUCUAAGAGAAGACAUGAUAAGUGUCACUGGAUGUAAUUUCGGUUCCUAUCUCGAUCUGAAAUCUUUUGGAACGUUUCAGUGUAUUACAGUCUGUUAGACCUUUUGGUUUUAUAAUUUAAGUUUAAAACUCUUGACCUUUUUGCAUGGCUUUUUGCUGGAAAUGCAAAAAUAUAAAUUUUCUACAAAAUUAACUUUUUUAUAUUCAAAACACUAUUUCUAAGCUGCCUUCUCUUAUCUGCAUUGUGUUAGUGAAAGCAUAUCCAUACUUGCAUACAUCUUACGAACAUAUAAGGCACAUCUCCUUUUAUGCGUGGUUAGGAUUCUAUAUUUUUAAGCUAGUGCACUUGCACACACGGUUUGCCAUACUUGUUGAAUUUUAGAUGUAACGUCUUUUCGUGUAUUAACAUUUUUAGAAAGUUAAAAUAACUGGAGUCCUCAUUGGUAUCAAAGUAGCCUAUGUUCAGUCCAUACUGAUUCAGUAAUAUUGGAACUCUGUGUAUUCCUGAAACAUGUAUGGAUUUCUGAAAACUAACAUUUUAUAUUUUCUUUUCAAAAGUAAACGUUAGUGUUCCUUAUUCAAUGUAUGUCUUCUUUUUGAAAAUGUUUUUCUUUGCAGUCUGUUUAACGUUACCCUGUUUUUAGUGAGAAUCGGAGUGGUAGACGCAGCCCGGGCCUUGUGGCAUGCGAGCACUUUUAAAGAGCAUUUAGGUCAUACCAGACUCCUAAAUAGAGGCCCCUUAAAAGUAAGUGCAACUCCCAUUCUUUACACUCAGUAAGGCUGCUGUGUCUGUUAUUGAAUGGAAAGUAGCAACUCGUGGAAAAUUUGAGCUCAUUUUUGAUGUAGAGGUAAGAAACAGAAUUAUAAUCUUACUGGUCAUAUCUACUUGUUUAUUUAGUACAGAAUACUUAGUGGCACCGGGGAUGUAAGCCCCCAGCCUUUGUUUUAUUUACUGAAAGCUACUAGCAUGAAGGAUAGUAACCUCAAAGUUCAGAACAGAUCAAGAAUAACUGUUUAAAAGCAUUUAUAGUAAGUGUUUUAGGAUUAGCCGUGCACCUUUCAACUCUUUAAACUCAGAAGGAAAAACAAGAUUAAAUUAAGCAAGAAUAACCGGGAGUGGAUCAUUCACAUGGAUGCCAUUUUCUCCUGAGUAGAGUCUAUAUCUGAUACAGACUAGUUCUACACUGGCAGAACUUGCCAGGU